AUCUGUCACGUGACUAGUCCCAUGACAAGAUGGCUGCCGCACUAUUGAGUAUUAUUCUCCUCUCAAUUUGUGCUUGUUUUUGCACAUUCGUUAACUGCGAGGAUACGUUGUUCAUCGCACACUCACCCAGCUAUGUGGAAUUCCAGAGAGACGCUGGGCCGAUUGACGUCACGGAAGUCCCGGAUGUCUUGUCUCUUGCAUUGGGUUUGUCAAGUUCAAAAGCGGUAAAAUGGGCUGGAUUAGCCGUUGGAGAUUUGUUUCGUCGGCCCAAAGCCAACAUCUUAAUCACCAUAGAGACCGAAGAUAAUUCCUUCUCUCUUGAAUCGGGAAGUAGCACCCGCCUGCAAUAUCCCGUGCGCGGAAGUGGAGCGGUAGACUUGCGGACGAUAGUAGACACAAUUACAUCGAUGUACGGAGAUCGACCGUUACUUCUUGAACUCACGCCAGACAUUAAGGGUUUCCACGUGUCGGCUGAGUACCAGAGUGUCUUCAAGACUCUACCAGACACGCUGAACGAGGUACUUCCGCUUCUAAAAGGAGAUGGUUCAAUCGUCGCCGACAGUAGACUGGGUUCCCUUAACCUGACCAACCCGGCCGACGUGGCUCUGCUAAGCGAACUGCAAUUCCUCAGGGAGGUCACCGGCAGGCUUCGAGAGGACCCAACAGUAGUCACAGAUAACAUCCCGGACCUAUUUACCUUCACCCUGGCUGGCCUGUCAGUCAUUCAGAGCAAGUACGGAGCAGACUCCACCCAGGCCCAAGACGCAGCCAGGAUGGUAUCGUCCUUCAUCUCAAAGUUUUCCAGCGAAAUGGCCAGCCUAUAUGACGGUGAUUUGCUUAUAGAAGUGAUGACGCCACAUCAGGAACCGUUCGUCAGUAGACAGAGCAGAUCUCUACUCGCUGUUGCGACCAGUCCCCCACCGUCGGAGACGAUUGGGAACAAAGCCACGCCCUACGAUGAGACCUACCCUGUCAUUUUUAACAUCGUCUUAUGGAUGGGCAUCCUCCUCGCUCUAGCCAUCUAUGCAGUGAGCUACGCUCUUUGGUAUCUCGAUCCCGGAGAUACAAUCAUCUACCGGAUGACAAGUCAGAGGAUGAAGAUUGAUUAGCAUAUAGUCCCCGGUUUAAGCUGAUCUUGCUGAAAGUUGUAAUCCUCUGUCGUAAUCAUUCCAUUUCUAAUUAAAUCAUAUCCCUCAACAUGACCUUUGAUUUCUUAAUAUCCCUUCUGAACAAGCCAACAGAUAAAUUGGUUUUGUUGCGACUACUUUUCAGUUUAUUUAUUUGUCAGAAAUGGCCGUCUUGUUUUUACGGAUAAGCAUUGCAGAUGUCCACAUCUGCUCCUACAAAGCCAUUUUAUAAAGAAUGUAACUGAUUAGGGUGAGAACAAUGAAAAAACAUGACAAGGGCACAAAAUCUGAUAUGAAAUAUUGAUCUACAGGUGCAUACAAAACAACUUCCAUAGAAAAUCACGAGUAAGAUACAAAAUUGUCCGAGUCGAGUACAGAUGUGCUCUCUGACAGAACUUACGUCAGUUUGAAAUGAAAUCAAUUGUGAUUAUACUCGGAAUUAAUUUCAUCGUGUCUCCCGUUAAGUAACGAGGAACUGUUUAGUCUUGGAUUAGAAAUAGUCAAGUAGUUCGCAGUUUUUGCUUUUAGUUUUCAACAUUUAGACAAGAAGUGCAACUCAAAGAAAAUUAUUUCGAUUCGGUGUAUAAUUUCCCCUCUAUGUAGCAAGUACUGUAUAAGUAUACAUGUAUGUGUAUUUAUUGGUGUUAACAAAAGAAAAUAUGUAAUAUGCAAUUUUUACCCAAGUGGUGUUGGGAAAAAUUGUAACUGUAUUAGUGCAAAUUAUAUCGAGACAAAAUUAUCGGGGAAAUAUACAAUCAACUUUAUUGACUUUCUAAGAUAAAGGUAGAUUGUGGCGAGUCCAAAUUUACACUUUGGAAAAUGUCAACUGACGUUCAUUUAAAUACAGAGCGCACAUGUUAAAUUUUCUGAAAGAUAGUGUGAAUAUUACUGAUAUUAAAGUAAUAAUUAACAGGAAACCUGUGCUUUUAAACGCCGUUAUCGAUAAACCUGAAAAUUUACGAAUCAAGCCAGCCAACUCUUGACGAUGAAGUCGGCUCUGACAGGAGUCGUGUAAUUUGAUAUACAUGUACAUUGGUGAAAUUCUGUUCUCUCUGUCGACGAGGAACACGUCGAAGAAAGUUGGUUUCAAGAAGUAAGACGAAAAGCGGCGAUACGUUUUUACAAUGGCUUGUCUUUGUGAAGUGUAUGAACUGGCGUCGACGAUUGUGAUACGCCAACAAUGACUGGACCAAGACGUCAUCAGUUGCCAUGUAACCUCACUGCGGCAAUUUCCCGCAGGAAAAACUCAUCGUCAGUCGUCGCGGUGACAAUUUGAUUCCGCACCAUCAAAUCCCAGCGGGUGUUAAAAGAGCUAAAAAGAUAAAAGGUUGGCAGGUAGAUAGACGGAAUUGUUGUGGACGAAGUGCAUAAGACGUACAUGUCGUCAUGGUGUCGGCAAUCGGUUCUGAAAUUUACGGACCUUUUUAUUUCCUUGCAAUUUAGCGCUGAAUGGAAAAUGGUUCCAUUAACUCUGUCACAAAGCAGAAGAUUUUAUGGUUUUGUCACGAAUAAUUGUGACAGAGAUUUCGAGUAACAGGAAGGUUAUUUCUGUCUGGGUUUUUUUAUUUCGUCUGAAAGUAAAUUUUCCAAAUUUAAUUGCAUUGAACAUGUGUAUGUCAGUGUUGUAUAUGAUCGCUGUUAAUUUUUGUACAAAUACAAUAAAUGUCUCUCGUGUGUUUCCUUA